AUUGUCAUCCGAGUAGCCCUAGCAACCGUACCGUGCCCCAAAACCUAUCAGUAAAACAUAAUUAAAUUUGUCUGCUAACUAAACUUUUGUGCGUGCGCGUUUUUAGUUAUUUGUGCAUAUCAAAGCCUAAGUGAAAACAUAACAACAACAACAGCAACAGCAACUUGUAGUUAAAUUGAGUGCAGUUUUUCGAUAGUGCGCUGGGUCAUGCAUGUCGCGAGCUUCUGGCAGUAACGGUAAAGCUAUAGUCUUCCAGAGGCAGCUACAGAUUGUUGGUGUUGCCUGCGCUUAAGCGAUGAUGACCACAACAACAACACAGCAACAUCCCAUCAUGCCGCCAGCCAUGCGUCCAGUUCCAGAGAGCCCCGUCUCGAGACCCCGCGCCGUCUACAGCAUCGAUCAGAUACUGGGCAAUCAGCACCAAACGAAACGCAGUGAUACACCCAACGAGGUGCUUAUAACGCAUUCCCAUCACAUCCAUCAUUUGCACAACAACAGCAGCAGCAACAGCUUGCUGCAACAUCAGCAGCAACAACACCAGCAACAUCACCAGCAACAACACCAGCAGCAACAUCAACAACAGCAACAACAGCAGCAACAACAACUGCAACAACAAUUGAUUGGGAAACGAGAGGAUUCACCCACGAAUACAGAGAGCGGACUGGAUGUCGACAACGAUGAUGAGCUCUCCUCGAGUCUGAAUAAUGGCCACGAUCUGGGCGAUAUGGAGCGUCCGCGCAAAGUUCGUAGAUCUCGCACAACUUUUACAACAUUUCAAUUGCAUCAAUUGGAGCGCGCGUUUGAGAAAACCCAAUAUCCGGAUGUUUUCACAAGGGAGGAUCUGGCGAUGAGACUCGACCUGAGUGAAGCACGCGUUCAGGUGUGGUUCCAGAAUCGUCGCGCCAAAUGGCGUAAACGUGAGAAGUUUAUGAAUCAGGAUAAGGCUGGCUAUCUGCUGCCCGACCAAGGUCUGCCCGAGUUUCCGUUGGGCAUUCCGCUGCCGCCGCACGCACUUUCCGGCCAUCCGGGUGGGCUGCCCGCCGAAUUUUGGCCACCGCACUUUGCGUUGCAUCAACAUUUCAAUCCGGGCCUGCUGCCGCAACAGCUAAUGCCGCCCCACUACAAGCUGCCCAACUUUCACACGCUGCUCUCCCAGUACAUGGGCCUCAGCAAUCUGAAUGGCAUCUUUGGCGCUGGCGCUGCAGCGGCUGCUGCCGCAGCUGCCUCGGCCGGCUACCCGCAGAAUCUCUCGCUGCAUCCAUCGUCGGCGCAGGUCAGUCCGCCGUGCAGCAACAGCAGCCCUCGCGAAAGUCCCAACUCGUUGGCGCCUCAUCCGCUGCAAGCGGCAUCGCAUGGCGCCACCACGCUAAUCUCUGGCGACCUGACGCUCACCUCGACGGCGGCGCAGUCGCCGCGCAGCGCAACCGGCGGCAGCAGCAACGCCUCCACGCCCGUCUCCGUGGUAACCAAGGGCGAAGACUGAACAGGAGCAGACUUGCACAAUGCGUGGAUUCGAUUUGAAUUCGCAUUCGCGGUGAUAUAUAAUGGACGGAUUGUGUAUAUAUAUAGCUAUAUAGUAGCCGAUAAUUGUAUACAUAUAUACAGAAUUGCAAGUAUUUCACAAAUAUUGCAUACUUAUAAGGAAGUUAGCUUUUAAUUAGCUGCUGCAAGUGUCACAAA